AUGCCUCACCUUUCAGCGAUAGGAAAAAUAUUUGCGACAUUACCAGAUGGCUGUACGAUUCUUGAAAAAAAAUUAAGCACUUAUGAGCACCUUCCGAGCAUUCUUCCACCAGGAUUGUUGGUGUCAGCCUCAGAUGUAAUCGAGGAUGUUUCAAAAUUUAAAGGCUGCGAUCCGGCUGAAAUGAUAAUUUUUGCCACAGAGUCGAGCUUAAAGAUUAGACAUAGAUUGGACUCAAUAGCGUUCCUCUCAACGCAAGACUGUUUUUGA